UCAAGACGAAGAUAUGUGGUCUAGAUCUAGUACUAGUUACGUGGCUGCAGUUUGACUUCUGGUUGUCAGUUUUAGUGGUACUAGGCGGCCGUGUGUGGCCUUCAAUGCCUAUGCACACGACAUGUGCUUCAGACAAGCUGCUAUCAACGUAGCGUUUGUUCUUGAGAGACCUUGUGAGGAAUGAAUCCUCUGCGUCCUCCAAGUCAAGUGAGAGUAAUCAAGCAUUAUAUCCAAAGAAUUGCUCUGCUGCCAUCUACAAUGAUUUCGUCGGCUUCGGUCAGGACAGGCGUGAAGUUCGCGCUAUGGACGUCUUUAGUCUUUGUUGCUUUCGCACUACUGGUAUCCUUGCCGCGAGGAGUGAGUGAACGACAGGACGUGCACACCAUACAGCAGCAGUUGCACAAUCUAGAGGAGCGCAUCAGCCAGUUGGAAAAGCAAACAGCUCAAACUGGAGUAAAAACGUACAUGAAGACGAAAUUUCUCUCCAUCAAAGACAGAAAGCGAAUCUUGGUGACAGGUGGCGCUGGCUUUGUUGGCUCGCACCUUGUUGACGCCCUGAUGCUUCAAGGACAUGAAGUGACUGUGGCAGAUAACUUCUUCACAGGGCGCAAGAGCAAUGUGGAGCACUGGGUUGGCCAUGAGAACUUUGAAAUGAUAAACCACGACGUGGUCGACCCGUUGCGCAUUGAAGUUGAUCAGAUUUAUCACCUUGCAUCACCAGCCUCGCCGCCUCACUACAUGUACAACCCAAUCAAGACGAUCAAGACUAACACUCAAGGAACGCUCAACCUCUUAGGUCUGGCCAAGCGAGUGCGUGCACGUUUCCUAAUGGCAUCAACAUCUGAAGUCUAUGGAGACCCGGAUGUACAUCCUCAAGUGGAAUCGUAUUGGGGCAAUGUUAAUCCCAUCGGUCCCAGGGCUUGUUACGAUGAAGGCAAGCGUGUGGCGGAGACGAUGUGUUACGCAUACCAGAAGCAGGCUAAGGUGGAAGUACGCGUUGCUCGCAUCUUCAACACAUAUGGUCCUAGAAUGCAUAUGAACGAUGGUCGAGUGGUGAGCAAUUUCAUAAUGCAGGCGCUGACGGGCGAUCCUCUCACGAUCUAUGGCAAGGGCCAGCAAACACGCUCCUUCCAAUACGUGAGUGAUCUUGUGGAUGGACUUAUUCGCCUGAUGAACGGCAAUUACUCUGGCCCCGUCAACGUGGGAAACCCAGAGGAGCGAACGAUCCUAGACUUUGCUAAGGAGAUCCAGCAUCUGGCCGGAGGGAGCAGUCCGCCGCCAAUUGUACUAAAGCCAGCUGCAGAGGAUGACCCCAGGCGCAGGAAGCCCGACAUUUCUCUUGCUGGACGUGUGCUCGGCUGGAAACCAAAGGUCUCCUUUCAGUCCGGUAUUCAACAAACUAUUGACUACUUCAGACGUGAGCUAAAGAGACAGUUAGCUGACACAUCGCAGUCCUAGGUAGAACAACACCACUGGUGAUGAUCAUAGUUACAGCGAUUGGCUGGGCUGAUUUCCCGGUCGCUAUGGCUACCUGGGCUGAGCGUGCUGCCAUGGUGAUGUUGGGAGUGUGUGUGGGGGGAGGGGGACUCAAGACUCCCCUUCCCCUUUCCUGGUUGCUAUGGCUAUCUGGGCUGAGGGUGCUGCCAUGGUGAUGUUGGGAAUUGGGGAGACUCAAGACUCGAGUACUCCCCUUCCCCUUGAUCUUGAUGAGCCGAGACCCAAAGAUACAAGAUUGAAUGGGUCCUUUCUGCCUUGUAGACUUUUGUUCCAGGACUGAUUCUAUUUUACAUACUUUACAAGAUAUUUUGUCCACUUGGCACCUGCCUGGGACAGCUUGAGGUCGAUCUGAAGACAGUGUGCUUAUCUUUUCGCACCCGUGCAGCAUUGUUGUGCAUGUAGAGUGUGUGCCGUGACAAUACACUGACAAUACACUGACAAUACACGGCUAGCCGCACUGAAUAGUAGUAACAACUUUGUGUCGAGUAACAAUACUGCAAUGCAGUACACGUGCCCAUUUCUCCUCACCAUGGCUUCAUAGCUUCGUGUCGGUGUGUGCGUGGCAUGUGUGUACACCUUAUAGCACCGCAGUACUAGAUAAUAGUAGGUAUUACCUCCUUGCCGCUCUCCAGCAACCUAUCUAGCAGCAACUUUCCAAUUCCUAGUGCUGUGUACAAGACAGCAGCAUGGCAUUGCUUCUUUUCUCUCUUUUUCGAAAUGUGCAGCACGAGGAAACUGUGCAUUAUGGAUAUGGGUUUUGGUAUUCUGUCAUUAUUUGAGCACCCGCUACAGAUCUGUGAUCUAUUAUUGUGCUGGACGCUUGCUUUUUAAGAAUUACUUAGAACCAUUUGUUUUCAUACAUAUUAUUAAAUACAGAGCCAUGUGUUCCUGUUGUGGACUUAGCAGAGGACCAAUGCAGCUACUACUGCGGCACACUUGAUGCUCCAAGAAUGUGUAUCUACAACAUAAUGCAUAUCCCGCGGACCAAUGCCAUGGCACACAACCUUUCAUAAGCGCCAGCAGUAUCCUGGGUAUUGUUUUGCAAGUUGGUGUGUGCACUCCCCAAGACUUGCUGCUCAGGAUUCCGUGUACCGGAAGAUUGCAUGUGCUGACCCUGCAACUGCCUGAGUAACAACUUGUCUCAAGUGGC